AUGGCUUCCGAAAAAGAAAGAGAUAAUUUUUGUGUCCGUUUUACCGGCAAAAAUUAUUCGGCAUGGGAAUUUCAAUUUAAGAUGUAUGUUAGAGGAAAAGGAUUAUGGAGUCACUUAGAUGAUGUUUCUAAGGCACCGACGGAGAAAACUGCUUUAGCUGUGUGGGAAACUAAAGAUGCUCAAAUCAUCACUUGGAUUCUCAACAGUAUUGAUCCUCAGAUGAUCAAUAAUUUGCGCUCUUUUUCAACUGCUCAAGAAAUGUGGAAUUAUUUGAAGCGCAUUUAUAACAAGGACAAUUCGGCAAAACGGUUUCAGUUAGAGCUAGACAUAGCCAACUAUAAACAAAGUGACUUGUCUAUUCAAGAAUACUAUUAUGGUUUUCUAAAUCUCUGGACAGAACACUUCGCUAUUAUACACGCUAAGGUUUCCAAGACCUCCCUCGCGGCUGUUCAAGAAGUUUACAACACCAAUGGGGAAGAACAACGUCUGAUUACUCAAGGAGCUAUGUCUCAUGAUGUUGUCAGUUCCGAACCCGUGGCAAUUGCAUAUGCUGCUCAGAGCAGAGGAAAGGGUCGUGAUAUGCGACAAGUCCAAUGUUUUUCUUGA